CAGCUUAAAUCUGCAGUGAUGACUGGGCGGGCUCGAGUAAAAGCCAGAGGGCAAAUUCUUUCUGAAGAAGAACUUGCGUUUGGACAACCUGGCUCCCUGCAACCGAGUUGCUCUGGGAGCGGGGAUCCAACUUCUGAUACAAGAUCUGGGAACAGCCCCCCUAAAUAUGGCUUCUCUGUCGGAAGUUCUGGGUAUAAAGUGAUGGACAGAGGGGGAAGGAUCCGUUGCAACUUUCAAGACAUGGGAGUAAAUACCAGGGAGACAAUAAAACAUGUAAAAGAUUCUAAAACAGGCUCAAGUGGAAUUCCUGUGAAAAUUAUUACCAACCUGUUUAGUUUAGGCUUGCCAAGGGAAUGGCAGCUUUACCAGUAUCAUGUAGAAUUUAUGCCAGAGCUGGUGUCGAGACGUUUGCGGAUUGCACUGUUGUAUAGCCAUGCUGAACUUCAGGGGAAAACCAAAGUAUUUGAUGGUGCAUCUCUGUUUCUAACAGAGAAACUGGAAAAUAAGGUUACAGAACUGUCUUGUGUAACCCGAAGAGAUGAAACUGUGAAGAUGACUAUUACACUAACCCAUCAGCUGCUUCCCAGCAAUCCUGUGUGCAUUCAGUUUUUAAACAUCGUCUUUAAGAAGGUUUUGAAAAAGUUGUCUAUGCACCAAAUUGGACGAAACUUCUACAGUCCUUCAGAUCCAGUGGAAAUUCCCCAGCACAAAUUGACCCUUUGGCCAGGGUUUGCUGUGACUAUUGGACAGUUUGAGGACAAAGUGAUGCUAUGUGCAGAUGUGAGCCACAAAGUCCUUCGCAAUGAGAAUGUCUUGGAAUUUAUGAUGAACCUUUAUGGAAGUGUGGACAACUCACGUUUCGCAGAAACAUGUGAAAAGGAACUGGUGGGGCUUAUUGUCCUUACAAGAUACAACAACAAGACCUAUCGAAUUGAUGAUAUUGAGUGGACUGUGAAGCCAACAGAUACAUUUCAGAAAAGUGAUGGCACUCAAAUCUCUUAUGUAGAUUACUACAAGCAGCAGUAUGAUGCAGUCCUGACUGACCUAAAUCAACCCAUGCUCGUAAGCCAGCUGAAGAGUAAGGGCAGGAGCACUGUUGGAUCUCGUGUGGCCCACCUCAUCCCUGAACUCUGCUACUUGACAGGCUUGAGCAGCCGUGCGACUUCCGACUUCCGUUUGAUGAAAGAUUUAGCCCAAGAAACUCACUUGGCCCCAGAUCGCAGGCACCAACGACUGUCUAGACUUGCCGACAACAUUCAGAGAAACAAAGAUGCACGUUUAGAAUUGGAGAGCUGGGGGCUGAAGCUUGGGUGUCAGGCUUCCUUGACUGGCCGUGUGGUCACCUCAGAAAAAAUCCUCAUGCUGAAUGAAACCUGCAUGCCAAUGAAUGCCAGUGACUGGUUCAGAGAUAUGCGUAAUAUGAAGAUGGUAGGAGUGGCACAUCUGCAGAGCUGGAUAUUGCUGUGCAGCAGCAGAAACUCGGAGCUUGCACAUAGUCUCAUGAACUGUUUGAGACGAGUGGGAGGUCCCAUGGGAUUCCACAUUGAAUAUCCAAAAGUCAUACCAGUGCAGGAGAGCCCCUCAGCAUUUAUUCGAGCUCUGCAACAGUAUGUGACUCCUGAGUUACAGCUGGUGCUGUGUGUGUUGCCUUCCAACAAGAAGGACUGUUACGAUGCUGUGAAGAAGUUCUUAAGUUUUGAGCGGCCAAUCCCUAGCCAGUGUGUACUUGCUCGCACCCUGAGCAAGCAAGGCAUGAUGAUGAGCGUAGCCACAAAAAUUGCAAUGCAGAUCACCUGUAAGCUUGGAGGGGCACCAUGGGCAGUUGAGAUACCACUGAAGUCCGUCAUGGUGGUCGGCAUUGAUGUCAACAAAGAUGCUUUGACCAAAGGAAGCUCAGUUAUUGGAUUUGUGACCAGCUCUAAUAUACAACUGACUAGGUGGUAUUCUCGUUGCAUGCUGCAAAAUUCAGGAUCAAACAUUGCAGAUUGUUUAAAGGUCUGCAUGAAAGAUGCUUUAAGUAAUUGGCAGACAUGUAAUGGGCAGCUACCUGCACGCAUAAUAGUGUACCGUGACGGUGUUGGAGACGGACAGCUGAAGAUGGUGGUAAACUUUGAAGUCCCACAGAUACUAAGUGCCCUCGAUGAGUCCAGUGGUGACAGCAGAAGAGCCAAACUAUCGGUGGUUGUGGUCAGGAAGAAAUGCCUUCAUCGUUUCUUCAUCGAGACCAACAGAAGCCUGCAAAACCCUCCUGUUGGGACAGUUAUUGACACAGAGGCUACUCGACCUGAAUGGUACGACUUCUUCUUAAUUAGCCAAUUUGCCCGCCAGGGCACUGUCAAUCCCACAUACUACAAUGUGGUUUAUGAUGAGAAUGGAUUCAAGCCAGACCAUAUGCAGCGUUUUACAUAUAAGAUGUGCCACCUGUACUACAACUGGCCUGGCCUAAUAAGAGUCCCAGCACCAUGCCAGUAUGCCAACAAGCUGACUUUCUUGGUGGGCCAGAGCAUCCACAGAGAGCCAAACCUGGCACUCGCUGACAAACUUUUCUAUCUGUGAAUGGUGUUGAGGUGGAGCUGUCAAGAGGUUUUGUCUUUGUUUGAAAAAGAAGUUUAUGUUUUUUAGAAUUGAAGCAACAAACCUCGUUUCCUAGUGGUGAUCAUGAAGCAAGUGUUU